CUUUUUUUUGGCUCUCUCUCUCUCAAACCAACCAGAAGAAGAGAGGUGAGGAGAAGAGACGCGACCAAAAAAACACAAAAGAAAACUCUCCCCCACCUAACGUUUGUUCAUUGAUCCAUAUCUCCCAACUCAGAUCUGCAGCAAAAACCGAGUAACUCAGAUGCGAUACCCCCUCAUUAUCCCCUGACCCAUGGCUUCCAAUUACUCCCCCCUCCCCCUCUCUUCUUCCUCCAUCGAACUCCAAUCCCCCACCCCCAAUUCCCCCCAACCCCCCAACCCUCAAAAAGCUUCCGCCCAAGACUUCUUCCAUGAAGAAGACGGCAAUGGAUUCGGCGAAUUCGACGACCUCCCACUCAUUCUCGACGCCGAGGCCGCCGCCGCUACCUCUGGGUCCGGCAUCCCCGGUGCCGUUUUCAAUCUGGCCACGUCGAUCAUCGGCGCUGGGAUCAUGGCCCUCCCGGCCACCAUGAAGGUCCUCGGCGUCGCCGUCGGCUUCGCGUCGAUAAUUUUAAUGGGGAUUCUCUCCGAGAUCAGCAUCGAGCUUCUCGUCCGGUUCUCGGCCCACUGCCAGGCCUCCUCCUACGGCGAAGUCGUCCAAUCCGCCCUCGGCCGCCCCUCCCGGAUCGUCGCCGAGAUCUGCAUCAUCCUGAACAAUGCGGGGAUUCUCGUCGUCUAUCUGAUAAUCAUAGGAGAUGUUCUGUCGGGCUCCUCCGAGCAUGUCGGCGUCUUCGACCAACUGUUCGGGAAUGGAUCGUGGGAUCACCGGAAGCUGGUGAUCCUCGUGGUGUUGGUAAUAUUUUUAGCCCCUCUCUGUGCUCUUGAAAAGAUCGAUUCCUUGAGCUUGACCUCGGCCGCCUCCGUUGCUCUCGCCGUUGUCUUCGUCGUCGUCUCAUGUGCCAUUGCCUUUGUUAAGCUCGUCGAACGCCAGAUCAAGACGCCGAGGAUGGGGCCGGAUUUCGGGUCGAAAGCUGCGAUCUUGGACUUGCUGGUGGUGAUUCCGAUAAUGACGAACGCCUACGUUUGCCAUUUCAAUGUUCAGCCGAUCUACAAUGAGCUCAAGGGGAGGACACCUCAGAAGAUGAACAGGGUGGGGAGGAUUACCACGGUUUUGUGCGUCGUAGUUUACGCUUCGACGGCCAUUUCGGGCUAUCUCUUGUUCGGAGACGAGACCGAGUCGGAUGUGCUGACAAAUUUCGACAAGGAUCUUGGGAUCAGAUUCAGCUCAGUUCUGAACUAUGUGGUGAGGAUUGGGUAUGUUCUUCAUCUGGUGCUUGUUUUCCCUGUCAUUCAUUUUUCUCUGAGGCAAACCGUGGAUGCAUUGGUCUUCUCGGGAUCUGCUACUGGAAGUAGGAAGAAGAUGCUGGCUUUGACAGCGGUGCUGUUGGCUAUUACAUAUCUUGGUUCUACCACGAUACCCAAUAUCUGGAUUGCUUUCAAGUUUACAGGUGCAACAACCGGGCUCUCGCUGGGGUUUAUAUUCCCAGCUCUUAUUGCUCUAAGAUUAGAUAAGCAAGGGAAAAAUUUGGGUUCAGGUGAAAAGUUCUUAUCGUGGACGAUGUUAGCUUGGGCAGUGGCUAUUGGCAUUGUUGGAGUAAUUGGCAAUAUCUAUAGCCUCAGAAGCAGAUCAGAUUAGUCUACAUAUCUCAGGUUUUCAAGUAGAUAUAUGAUGUUGAAAUUUUGCUGAAUUUGUUUGGAUGUGCUGUGACUGGUGAACCCUUUUUCUGGUUGAUAAAUACUUGCAACAACAAUUUUGAUUAUUAUUUCUCUGAACUCGAAAUGCUGAUUAGUUUGCAAGAGGUGUUUCUUCAUGCAUCUACCAUAAGAGGCGCAGCAUGACAGCUAUCAUUGGCUUGGAUAUGGGGUAUCAGAUUUGGGUGACACUACCUUUCAAACUGAGGAAUUCAUACUGAUGCAGGACUUCUUUUCAUGUUCUUGAGUUCAAUAUUCAAAGAUUUGGAGUAGCAAUUGAGGUGGUGUUCGCACGCAGAAAAUGCUUCUAGAAUGGAAUUGGGGCAUGUUAAAAGGAAGAAUCGAGUCACUACUCUUUUGGUCAAGCAUUAUAUUCCUCUAGCGUCUUGGCCAUCAGAGUAAGUCACAGGAUUUUUGAACUUUUUUUUUUAUAUAUAGUGAUACUUAUUGCAUAAAAUCUUCCCAUUUCUAUCACUUGGUAGCAUUGCUCAUUCUUUGUGAGCUUAUUUCUUUCUUGUUUUGUAAGCUAUUUGCAAAACCACUGUUGCAUUCUGAGCACAUGCUCCAAAUCCAACCAUGAACUGUUGUACAACAGCAACUCAUUAAUGUAAAAGCUCCAUAUCUUCCUCA